CCGGCAUGUGUUGUAUCAUGUAAACAAACCUGUCAGUCAAGCGCGCCAGUUUCAUUACUUUGUUGUGUUUAAUUAUAACGUGGAGGUGUUGAUGGUUGUAGUGGUGUGGGUGUUUGAGGCUGGCACAGGUGUAAAAUGACUUUGAAAGUGUGCAACUUGCAAGGCGUGACAGAUGCACUCUUCCGGGAGUUCAUGUCCCAACCCGGGGAGAGGCAGUGGUGCAGCGAGAUCCUGCACUCCAUCACCAAAGGAGAACGGAUAGACUCGAAGGAUCUGCUGAAGCUGCCCUCUGAUGCUGCCCCUCUGAAAGGCUCGCCCAGGGGCUCCCCUGUCAACUCUCCCCGCAACCAUGCCCACCUCUCCCCUCUCUUGCUGCCCCCAUCACCCCGCUCCCCACUGUCCCCCCUUCAAUCCACCCCACCGGCCAUCAACCAGCACCAGCCUCACACACCUCGCACCCACCACUCAGUGUCCCCACCAAUCUCUGCACCAGUCACUCCGCCAUUGUCCUCUUCAUCAACUUUUUCGGUAGCAAUCUCCUCAAUUACGCGCUCCUUCUCCGCCUCACUGGCCAAUGAGGCACGCCCUUGCUUGGGUGCCCCUGCCGUUGUCCCGUCCCGCAAGCAUGCUCGGCGCAGGGUGAGUACAUGUUGAGACUUGUUCCUUGAUCUUUUUCACCUUGUUGACCAGUAAUACAUGCAUGCCAUCUUUUCUUUAUUUGUUCAGGAACUUACAAUUUUUAUAUGUAAGUUUGUAUAAAAUAUUAUCAUAGGUACUAUUUUGGAUUGAAGGGGAGUUAACAAAUUUUUAUAUGUAAGUUUGUAUAAAAUAUUACCAUGUGUACUAUUUUGGAUUGAAGUGGAGUCACUCAUAUGUCCACUUCUCCUUCAUGGUGAAUAUUGCAUUCAUUGUGAAGCAAAAUCAAUGGUAUGAAAGUGGCUGGGUUAUCAGUUCACCAGAACUAGAGGAAAGGAAAUAGAUAGAUGCAUAAAUAUUGUUCUCAAAUAGGAAUUCAGAACACUGUUGGGUUUCUCACUAUGAAGUCUGAUACCUGAUUUUCUUUGUGGUGGAAUAGUUUGCAUUUUGAAUAGAUUCUUGCUAAAAUUUAGGCAGUGACAAAAUAAUCAGGAAAUACCACAGGUCAGUGUGUGGUGGCCAGUGUUAGGGUGACUCCUGUAGAACAUCAUAGCAACAUGCAGAGUACAGGUAUCAGCAGUGAGUGGAAUUGGAUGGUGUGCCUUAGUGACAUUGUGGCUGAGUGAUAGGAAGACUUGGUGAUGUAACAAAGUAUUGUAAGACCACUGCUGAGAACCAUAAGUGAUCAAUGACCAGUCAGGCACAGUGCACAUCUGGUAACAUUCUGAACAUUAUAGUAGCAUUCAUACACCAGUAGGGAAGUAUUGUUUGCUUACAUGAUGAAGUGGUGUAUCUGGUGCUCUGCUGAAGAAAUUUGUGCUUCCAUUACCACUGGGAGAUCCAAGGGCAGUGUGUUCUGUCUGGUGUAUAUAAUGGAUGCAUGUAUUCUUUAUUGAAGAUAUGUAUAACUAAACAGGUUAUGUCCUCACUGUACUUACCUGUCUUGUUCUUUGCUUACAUAGAAUAGCAUGCUUUUAUUUGUCUCCAUAAUUGAUAUACAUAUAUAUGUUGUGUAGAAGGGGGUUUGUUACUAUAUUCACAAAGUUUACUGCAGCACAUUUCGUCUUUACACAGUGUAUUCCAUCUAGUGGUUGAUGGUGAGACUGAGUAUUGGUGGUGUGUGCAAGUGUCUGUGCUGAACACCCUCUUGCCAUACUGCUGUCGACAGAGUGGAUGAGUUGUUCUUGUUCUGCUUUGUUGGAAAGGUUUCUGUUUUGCUGGGACUUGCUUGGUAGCCCUUUGGUUAGACUAGAGGUAGAAGAAAUAGAUUGCACACUGCCAGCAUGAGCGGGUGUAGUGGAGUGGUUGCAUGUGUUUUGCCACAGCGAUAUCUUGGGGAUAGAAGGAGUUAUGUUUUACUUCAUGUACUGCUCUCCUCUAUCCAGACCAAAGAAAAGGAUCAACAUAUUCAGCACCAGAAAAACUAUUACAUGACCAUUAUAAUUGUACUACAGGUGCCAGCGAAAUACAUUUACAUGUCACUGAUUAUAUCUUGUUUUGGCUGCUGUGGAACAUCAAAGGAGGGGAAAGACAUAAAAGUGACAUUUCUAUCAGCCGUGUGUCACUGUGUCCUUGUCCCUCCUGUCUGUGUUUGGUGGUGUGAUGGUUGUACGUGCGGGAGUUUUACACAAACACAAGGAUACAGAUCACACAACUAUCUAUAAACCUACAAAUACGAGGCCAAACCAGCACCAUGUAUUUGAUCAGUAGUCGCCCGUAGAAUGACCGGGCAUCCUGAGGCGGGAGUUGGGAUUAGACCGCCCAACAACGAUAAAUACACUUGGUGUUUGUGGGAAACUCCUUAGCAUCGCCUUUUGCGUCACGCUCUUUCGGUCAACACGGUGAUGUUGCGUCACGCCCUAACGUAAAUUGUAGGCAGCGUCCUUGAUGAGGGGCGUGGAAGGAAGUGCUGGCGAGCGGCACGACUCACGUCUGUCGUGUUUGGAUCGUCGCGUAAAUAAUGUGGGUUGCGUUUAAUGUAUAGAGGACGACCUGCACCAGCUGAGGCGAGGCGGGUGAGUCGCUGAACGAAGGCAGGGUAUCCUGUCGCGUGCACACAAACACUUUUCAGAAAGUUUCGCCUCGCGAGAAUGUCUUAAUGAGCCCUGUGUUUAUCUCGAAUUUGUUACCAGAAGCUGUAUUUUUCUUCCACUUUGAUUACGUAGGUGGACAGUAUGGAGUGAAGGUGUAGGUUGGCAUUUAUAGAGUCUGUGUUAGGCGUAGUGAGGGCCUUGCUUCACAGCAUGCGGGCCUAGCACGGGCCUAUGGUGGCUUUGAAACCAGCCCGGGUGAGGCGCUCCCAGGCAGAGCCAGCCACCAGCCCCCAGCCUGCCGCCUCCCUCAGACCCUCGCGCCUCAGUCAGUCAGUGGCGCACCCUCAACCUGAACGGACCGACGCGCUGCCGAACACGGCACAACCCACGCCUCCACUCUGCCAGGACGCGGGAUAACUACCUUGUUACUCUGAAGCCCCAGCAGGAUACCUCGCAGUGAGUGUCUGCCCUUGUAGCUCACACGCCGCCGGACCAGUGCUUGAUGCGUCAUUUGGAAAAGAGGAGUGUUGAUAAUGGAGUUUAACAUGCAUGAGCCAGGCUAACCUAACCUAGCGCGAGCCAGCGCCUGGCUGCCUGGCUGGACUGGCAGGGGUGUCACUUGUGAUGACUGACACCACCCUCCGUGUUCGAGGACUCAGUGAUUCUUCUCGAAUUCGUUUAUUCAAAAGUUAUGAAGUGGAGACCAUGUAUGGUUUGGAACACGCGAAGGAUGUUUGGAAGGAGCGGUGUUUGGUGAGCCAAGUCGUGGCACACACCUGUGACGGACGCGCUAUAGUGUUGUUUAUUCUCGGUGAGGAGCCAAGCCAGGACCAAAUAGAGGCUGGGGGGCCGAGUGACGGCGGGAUUGGCAUGAUCACGAAGCAGCUGUGUGGUGGUGAAGGAGUAGGGCGCCGCGUGGUGUGGGCGGCAGUGUAGGUGUGCUGGACCCCGCCUCGCAGCCUCGCGCCCCCCGCCACCGUGACACACGUUCAUUAUUUCAUCCCGCAGGUAGUCAUCAGCCAUGAUUCCCACCACACCCGCUGUGUACUGUGCACCUCACUGGGGAAGUGAGCACUGGUUCUGUAAGGCAGUCAUUAAUCAUGUUAUCGCAGACGUCACGGCGUAUCUUGGCAACAGUUGCCAAAACGAAGGCCAGAACAGAGGGCUAGUUAGUAAUCAGGAACAUGCUUUGGGCUUGGGAUGUUCGAGGGCAGGUAGGUGCUGACGUGCCUCGGUGUGCGUGGGGACACACUGCUGCAGGGGACACGCGCCACUAAUACGCGAUUACCCUUACUGUUAGGUAUCAUCAUUAUUAUUAUUGUUGUUAGUAUUGUUAUUAUUAUGAUUAUUUUAUUUAUUUAUUUUGUCGUUGAUAAUAAUUGCUAAUUAACGAUAAAUAUAUCGUUAAUGUUUGAGAGAGAGAGAGAGAGAGAGAGAGAGAGAGAGAGAGAGAGAGAGAGAGAGAGAGAGAGAGAGAGAUCCCAACCUUUGCAAGAUGUAGGAAAGUGUGCGCUGCCCGUGCCACGCAACUGACCGCAAGCUGUUCAGUGAAGGGUCAGCCCGCAAGUCGAUUGUUUACCUUGCUUGCCCACCGUGACAUAGUGUGUGUGUGUGUGUGUGUGUGUGUGUGUGUGUGUGUGUGUGUGUGUGUGUGUGACUACUCUAGCGUGACUCGUGGGAGAGCAAGGAAGUAGCUAAGGUCAGAUUGCGGAAGUUACUUUUCCUUUCAACUAUGUGAAGGAGAGAGAGAGAGAGAGAGAGAGAGAGAGAGAGAGAGAGAGAGAGAGAGAGAGAGAGAGAGAGAGAGAGAGAGAGAGAUGAAGGAAAUGGAGCAGAUGUAUAAGACGAGAAAGUAGCCCAACCCAACAUGGCCAACAGGUGUGCGGGGUGAAGAGUUGCACAUGAUCACACCUUUCUGGCAAUCACGUGACGACCUGCCUGAGAGAGAGAGAGAGAGAGAGAGAGAGAGAGAGAGUAGCUUGUUUAGUUGAGUUUCUAACUAUCGUCCUUUCCUUUUCUUAUUGUUGCUACGUUUAAGACAAAAAAAGGACUCUCUCUCUCUCUCUCUCUCUCUCUCUCUCUCUCUCUCUCUCUCUCUCUCUCUCUCUCUCUCUCUCUCUCUCUCUCUCUCUCUCUCUCUCUCUCUCUCGGCCAUCUGGGUGUUCUGACGAAGGAACCUCUAAACGCCUUCACCUGACGAUCUUAUUACACACCGCUACAAGAUAGGAGGAGGAGGAGGAGGAGGAGGAGGAGGGUAAUCAUAAAAUCAUAAUCACCGGGCGGAACGAAGAUUAACCUGCCCGCGAGAAUUAUAAUCCUAACCAUAACCAAAAGUACAAAAUUGGGGAGUCAUAGUAGGCGAGAGGAUAGGCGGGUUAUCCUUGACAUUGAGGGAGAGGGUGGUGGUGGGGGGGAGGUGGAGGGGGGAGGGGUGUGUAGGGUGUGGGUGUAGGCGUGAGUGUAGCAUUCCUGGGUGGGUGAUAAGGUGUUGAUUCUGUGGAUCUAGGGUUGGUGUAAAUUAGUGGUGGUGAACCUUGCUGUGUGUGUGUGUGUGUGUGUGUGUGUGUGUGUGUGUGUGUGUGUGUGUGUGUGUGUGUGUCAUGCUUCGGGAACGGAUGAGAGUUCUGACAGUGAAAUGUGACGAUGCACAAACUUAUAUGGCGGCCAUCACACCUAAACCUUGUCCGCCGCCUUAAAUAGAGAGUAAAUGUGAGGCCACUGGCAAAUUAAGGCGUUCAUAAGGUUAUCAUGCACUGAUCUUUACUACUACCACCUCCACCACCACCACCACCACCACCACCACUGAUAUGCCCCGUCAAGGAAGAACAAUUGAGGACUGUUAAACUUGAGACUACAUGACAAUGACUAUUAGUUAUUUAUGCGUUUAGUUCGUUUAGUUUAGUUUAAUUCAACCAUUAGAGUGAAAAAAAAUAUAUACAUAUAUAUAUACCAGAAAAUAUUAAGAAGUGUAUCCAUCAGAGAUUAUAAACAGAGGUGGUUAGACACACACACAGACAAAAUAGUACUCCACGUCACUUCAUUGCUCAAGAGAAACUUUUCGUAGUGUGAAGUAACUUGAGUUCGUGGAGGUGGAAAGACGGAGAAGAAAGAAAGGAAAUGUGAAGUUAAAAGGAAAGGUUUAAUCAGGAUACUGUUGUUCAUGCGUCAACUCUUGGUACUGGAGGUCUUUGUAGUUAUUUGAUGUUACCCUCUGUUGAUCACAAGCGAGUACUUCUGUAACUUAUGCUGUUUUAUAGAUAAAAGAACUCAGUAAUGUUAACUGAUAGAUAUCGGUAUAUGAUGCUUUGUUACCCUCCACUGGUUACGAGCGAGUACUUCUUUUACUUCACCGUUUCAGAGUACUCGUAGAUACAAUAACUCACUAAUAUUUAAAUGAUAGAAGUCGAUGUUUGCUGAUGUAGAUCCGUAUUUAAUAUUUUGUAUUGACUCCACCCAUCAAGAGGGGGAUAAUUUUUUUUUCUCAGAUCGUUUAAAAAAAAAAAACACAAUCUUGACUGACAAAUGUCGAUAUACGUAUGAGUGGCAGUGAAGGGUGUGGUGGUGGUGGUGGUGGUCGACUAUACAUGAAGAUUUGUUUAUGUUUAUUGACUAUAGUAUAUUAAAUUAUAUCAAUAGAGGACAAAGGAUGUGUUGUUGUUGUUGUUGUUGUUGUUGUUGUUAUUGGUGGUGGUGGUGGUGGUGGUGGUGGUAGUGGUGGUGAUGCCAUUGUUUUUAGUGGGAAUGGAGGUUGUGGUAGGAAGACCGAUAGAGUCAUUGUUUUUAGUAGUGGUGGUGGUGGUGCAGGUGCAGGACUGGCCAGUUGUUACAGUGCCGUUAAGCCUAAGGUGAGGGAGGUGCUUUGUUUCUCCCUGUGGUGGUGAUGGUGGUGGGUCCUCUCCCUUAGUCAUCCUUCUCUCCUCUCUCGUCCCGUCUCUUCUCAGUUCAUGCCGCCCAGUCUACUACAUUCCUCUCCCCAGCCUCCCUAUCUCGGCAUCUUCCUCGGCACCUGUGUACGUGUUGAUACCCCUCUGUUCCUCGCAGGUGUGGAGACCGGUUGAUGCCAUCCCCGCCAGUAGUAGUAGUAGUAGUAGUAGUAGUAGUGAUUGUGGUGGUGGUGGAGGUGGUAUUUAGUGGUAGUGGUGGUGUUAGGUACGUUGUUAAAUUUUGCGGUAAAAAAAAGCGACCAUAAUAGUAAUAAUAAUAAUGAUGAUUGUCAUAAUAAUAAUAAUAAUAAUAAUAAUAAUAAUAAUAAUAAUAAUGAUAAUAAUAAGCAAAUUUUAGUGGUAGGGAGAUAGUUGUGUAUUUUUGAUACGUGACACACACACACACACACACACACACACACACACACACACACACACACACACACACACACACACACACACACACACACACACACACACACACACACACACACACACACACACACACACACACACACACACACACACACACACACUCUCUCUCUCUCUCUCUCUCUCUCUCUCUCUCUCUCUCUCUCUCUCUCUCUCUCUCUCUCUCUCUCUCUCUCUCUCUCUCUCUCUCUCUCUCUCUCUCUCUCUCUCUCUCUCUCUCUCUCUCUCUCCAUGCCCCAGAAGGAGAAGCGUGAGCGGCAGCAGGUGGAUGCCCCAUUACCUGCGAGGUCGUGUCGUCAUUACACCUGCGUCUCUCCAACAAUUAUGAACGUCAACAUCCGUGCCGCCGCUAUUGCCGCUGAUGCAAAUAUUACCUGUGUGUGGGAGGGGGAGGAGAAAAGGCUUGUGUUGCGUCCCGGGGAGUGGUGUGUGUCGUCACCCGCACUCAUGACUCGAGAAAGUUUCCAUCUGGUAGGAACAUCGUCAGCCGCUUUGCUACUUGGUCUCCCAGCGCUAUGGUAGACAGAUGGUUGUACCCGCCACAGCUUCUAGUGGAAAGUAUUAGUAAGGACCUGAUAAUUGCAGGAAGGGAGCACUUAUGAAAUAUCGAAUCAAUACCACUGCAGUCUAGGUUUGUUAUUCCAUAAAUUAUGAAGCAAAAUAAAUAACUAGCACACUAAACAUAAUCGAAACGAGAAAACACGCAGGUAACAAGUAAAUCCCACACUAUGCUCAUCUCAUGCGUGCCCCUCACCUCCCGUGCACACUCGUAGGGUGACGAUGACCAGCUGUCUUACACAUAACUGUACAGACCCUGGCUUGCAGGGAGGCACAAGAAAGAGCCUCUCAUGCUGCCUGCCCCGCCAUGACCUGCAGCCUCGUCAAGCGUAGCCUCGUUCCGUUUUCCCCUCCUGCUUGAAUCUCGGCGAGGCUGCAGGCGACAUUGCGGCAGUCAUUAAACCUUUCCUCAGCCUUGUGUGUUGUCAGGGCGCGUGUCAUUAGGUCCAGGAGGCUUAGAUGUGCGGCGUGAGGGCAGCGGUCAAGGUUCCCUGCGGCUGAGAGGGAAAGCUGCCGCUAGGUCGUGCACUUGGGCCAGGCUGUUUUCGUGCGACGCCAGGUGAGAGGCAGUGGGGGGAGGCUGUGGGGGCAAAGGGAUGAGAGGUUGACCCUUGCCUCUCAGGACCUCAGGCGUGGAUGGUCACCAGUGGUCAGCGUAGCCAGGUGAAGGAACGUCAGGUCUCUCUCUCUCUCUCUCUCUCUCUCUCUCUCUCUCUCUCUCUCUCUCUCUCUCU